AUGGCCGUGCAGGUGCCCCUGUGGCACCACUACCUGCAGGCCGUCCGAUCGCGGGGGGCGUCCCGGGCACAGGACUACCAGCGCGCGGAGGACGUGCUGCUCACGGUGCUGGAGCGGGUGCAGGCCCUGGACCCCCGCUUCCUCGCGGACUACUCCCGGGACCUGGAGGCCUUCCAGUUUGCCCUGCGCUCCUCGGAUGACCCGCUGGACGUGGAGGUGCCCCUGUGGGUGGACGCCGAGGCCCUCGUGAUGGAGGAGGUGGGGGCCCCCGAGGUGGGGUCCGGCCCCCGGUGCUGCCGCCUGGGUGUCCCCGGGGAAGGGGCCGGCCUGGAGCGGUGGAUGACCGCUGAUGUUUUCCACGCCCUCCCGGAGGGCAGUGCCAAGUGCCGCGGCCACAUCGUGCCCAGAAAGGUCGUGCAGGUCCUCAGGGACCUCCUGGUGGCGGCCAUCGUGCACUGCAAACACCACGGCCUCAUCAGGCCAGGCUCCCUGAACGUGGACAGCCCGCGGGAAGAGCAGCUCGGCCUGUCCCUGCUGGUGUCCAGCGGCUGGAGAGCCAUCCGCGUCAGCGUGGUGCCCGUGGUGCGGAGGAAGCUCAGGGCGCCCGCCCUGCAGGGGGCCUGGCUGAUGCCCGGGCUCCCCGAGGGCAGCCUGAGAGGGAUCAUCCGCCAAGAGGGGGCCCUGGUGCCGGCCAGCGCCCAGCACUGGAGGGUCUCCGAUGACUACCUGCUCACCAGGCUGCUCAGUGCACUGGCCUCCCUCCAGGGCCACCGCCUGGACAGCCUCUCCAUCCUGGACCGGGUCAACCACGAGAGCUGGCGAGAUGGCGGCCAGGGCCCGGGCCUGACCUUCAGCCACCUGAAGACAGUGCUGCUCUGGGCCACCGUGCUCUUCCCGGCGCCCGAGGACUGGGCGGAGCUGCAGGGUGCCGUGUACCGCCUGCUGGUGGUGCUGCUCUGCUGUCUGGCCACCAGGAACUUGCCCCACGUCCUCUACCCUGAAUGGAACCUGCUGCAGGACUCCGCCCUGGACCUCAGCGCCCUCUACCAGCGCGUGGAGCACUUCGCCAGCCAGCCCGAGGCCUCCCUGCGCAUCCACGUCACCCACCUGGGCCACAGCCCCGCCCCGCGCGUCGGCAGCGGGGUCAAGGCACUCCUGCAGCUGCCCGCCCGCGACCCCGCCUACUGGGUCACUGCCUACUUCGAUGUCCUGCUAGACAAGUUCCAGGUCUUCAACAUCCAAGAUGAGGACCGGAUCUUGGCCAUGCAGAGCAUCCUCCAGAAGAUCAAGACCCUGGGUGCCGAGGAUUGCUGAGUUGAGUCCCGUCUCGCCAGCCUCUGUAUGGCUACGCUGCCACACAGAGGCUCCCAGAACAUUUGGAGAAGGGAAUGGGCUUCACCUUGAGUGGGUGGGAGGACGGAGGAGGGCCCUUGUACCCUGGGACCAGCUGAGUCUGUCCAGGGAAGGCCCUGUGGGCAGCAGGUCUCCAGAGGUCCUGGGAUGGAGGUGCCACGUACUUCACGUGACGUGUGUUGAUCCCUCCAUGAGAUGUCAUCAAGACUCAGAAAACCGAGAACCCUCAUGAGACUGGAGCUCGUCCCCACCUGCCUCGUACGCUGUUCUCAGUGAUGACGUCUCUGUGUCUGAUCUUGAACACAUCCGUGCACCGCUUGUGUGCAGCGGAGGCAGUACCUACUGCUUUCUGUACAUCUGUGUAGAGACGAUUUUCCCUGGAAACAUAAAAAUAGA